CCCCUCCCCCGCCCCCGCCGCCGGGAUAUAAGGGGACCAGCCGCGCCGCGAAUCCAUCCGCACCAGCCAGCCGGUCCCGGACAGACAGACAGACAUCGGCCCCCGCCCCUGACAGCAGGCUCUCCGCCAUGGUGCCCCUCGAACUGGUCUCGCUGCUCGUGGUGACUCUGGCAGGCCGGUGUGAGUCGCAGCGGAUGGGGGAGCCCCCGGCCAGAUGGCACCCGCCGCCCGUGAUCUCCUUCCUGCAGCAGUUGCGGGGGGCCCAGAGGGCCCCCCCCCUGGCAGCGCCUGCCCGUUGGGAGCCUGGCCCAGCAGCUGGAGCCAGGCCUGCGUGGUACGUCCAGCCGGAGGACGCGGGAGAGGCGCUUGGCCUGCCCAGGAGCCCCCGGCGCCGGAUCCCCCGCCAGCUCUCUCUGCAGACGACUGGGCGCGGCUGCCAGCUGGGCACGUGUCAGACCCAUCGCCUCUUCAACUGGCUGUACCACAUCGGGGCCAGCGACCACAAAGACGACUCCCAGAAGGACAUGGCCGACCCCAUGGGCUACGGGCGCCGGCGCCGCCGGGAGGGGAGCCCUGGCUGGCACCGGGGGCCUGCCCCCCACCGGGACAGCACCCGCUGAG